AUGGUUUCAGAUGUUUCUUCGUUGGCGAGAUCCGACCCUAGGUCGGCUUUGGAUAAGCUCACCGCUCUUCCUUCCAUCACGGAUUCGCGUGCGGCGUUGACCGAUGUUGUUACUGCUCAACCCUGAUCGAUGACAAUCGGUAGUGGACUGCCUUCGCGUACACCGUGGCAACACUCCUUUCGAGCAGGUCGAUUCGAUCCCGACAUAAAUCCGCGAGGGUUUCGACUUUAACCUCCGUGACCUUCCCAGGGAACCUUUUACUCCGAGCAACCACAUUUCGGACGAUGAUGGACGCAUCUCGUGA